ACAUGUUUCACUUUGUUGAUUGMGGAAAGAACCACUAUUGCUAACGACAUAMUAGAAUUCAAGGCCAAAAGAUGGGACAAAGAAAACCGAGAUCGACUCCAAAAAGCCGCUCAACUGCGAAAAAGGUUCGGGAGGAGGAACCUGAAGAGUCCGAAGAUUCCUCGGUAGAAGUAACGAAGAAAACACAGGGAAAGAAAGGGGGAAAUCCCGUUGUUGACGCUGUCUCCUCUGCCGAAGAAGACAACGACACCAGYGCUUCUAGCGAUGCCGAGACSAGUGGUGAUAGUGGUAGCGAAGAUGAGCAAGAAMCAACAGGGAAAACAUUUUCCGAUCAAAAUGCAUCGUGGCUGAAACCCAAAAAAACAUUACUCGACUCUGACGACGAUGACGAUGACGAGGCUGGGRACGAUUUUGGAAGUGACGACGACGAUGCGAGCGACGACGAUGAAAUGGAAGUCGAAAGACAAUCGCGUUUAUUGGAUGCCAGGCGUUUGGAAGAGAAGGAAGAAGCCGAAGAAGAAUACCGGCACACGAUUGCAACCAACACAUCAGUAUAUCACCUGCCGACAAAAGAUGAACUAGAAAAAGAUAUUGAUCGGGUCGUUCCUCCCUCAGAGCUGAAAUCUCAUAUCGACUCAAUUCUUGAAGUUUUGGCUGACUUUAAGACUCGCAGGGAACCUGAACGUUCCAGGCAGGAAUAUGUCGAUCAACUAGGAUUGUUCAUUGCGGAAUUGUAUGGUUACCUCCCCGAAUUGAUUGARUAUUUUCUCACUAUGUUCAGUCCAUCGGAAUGCCUCGAGUUUGUGGAUUAUUCGGACAAAGUACGACCCAUGGUAAUAAGAACAAAUACGCUGAAAACGCGACGAAAGGAUCUCGCUCUAGCUCUCAUGAAGAGAGGUGUUUCACUYGAUCCUUUAGCCAGUUGGUCCAAGGUUGGACUCAAAAUCAUGGAAAGUCCUGUCCCUAUCGGUGCCACCCCCGAAUACUUGAGUGGGCACUAUAUGCUUCAAAGUGCCGCUUCGAUGUGCCCAGUAUUAGCUUUAUCUCCCCAACCGAAAGAACGUGUGCUCGAUAUGUCUGCUGCUCCCGGUGGAAAGACAUCAUACAUGGCUCAAUUGAUGCGCAAUAGCGGAGUGAUCUUUGCUAAUGAUUUAAGRGCCGACCGCCAAAAGGCAACUGUUGCAAACAUGCAUCGGUUGGGUAUCAGAAAUGUUAUUACGUGCAUGCAUGAUGGAAGAAAAUUGUCCAAACUCUUCAAACAAUACAAAUUUGACAGAAUCUUGUUGGAUGCCCCCUGUUCAGGUUUGGGAGUUAUCAGUCGUGAUCCAAGUGUAAAAGUGCAGAGAACUAUUGCUGACGUCAAAAAGACAGCUCAUCUUCAAAAAGAACUGUUGUUGGCAGCGAUCGAUGUGCUUAAUCACAAAAGUAAGACUGGAGGUGUAAUGGUUUAUUCGACUUGUAGCAUUAGUGUGGCAGAAAACGAAGAGGUUGUCAACUACGCUUUAGAGAAGAGAGAUAUCCGAAUUAUUGAUACGGAACUUGAUUUUGGUACGUUUUUCGACUCAGUUUCAUGUUUCAUAUCUGUUAUUGUGUUCGUAAGCGUGUAGAAUUCGUGAAAGCUAUGUCUCAAWUUUUUUUCUUUUGAAUUUAACCUUCUGAUAGGCACACCGGCAUUUACUAGGUACCAGCAAAAGCGCUUUCAUCCAUCUGUUUCAAAGACACGACGAUUUUAUCCUCAUGUUCACAACAUGGAUGGAUUUUACGUUGCAAAAAUCCAGAAGUUAAGUGAUAAGAAAAAAGGCGAAGAAAAGAAAAAAGACGAAGUGGUCGAAAACGAAGUUGUUGCGAAGGAAGAAGAGAAGAAGGACGAACAGAAGCAAAAAAAAGCGCCAGGAAAGAAGGGAAAGAAACGAAAGGGKGGUAAAGACAAGGAUGAAGAAGUAAAUCCUGCACGGAUGGCAAAGCGAGAGAAAAUUUCUGUGCCACCGAAGAGGCUGAACACCCCCAAAAAGGGAAAGAAACAGCAAAAGAACGCCAAGAUGACCAAACCCCGAAGGCCAAAGGUUGAGUAAGAUUUGAUAUUGAAAACUAAAURRAGSUAAAGAAU